AUGUCGAGCUCCAUAGAGCCCAGGCCUCUCACCUCGGCCUUUGAGAGCCCAACAUUUGAUGAGGAUAGCUCAUUCCAUGUGGAACAACCUGUUGGGUCCAUGUCCAUCUCCCCCUGCGGACGGGACGUUGUUCUGGCGUCCAAGGAAGGCCUUCAUGUCAUUGAUUUGGACUCGCCAUAUUCUCCUCCCCGGUACCUGCCACACCAUACACCGUGGGAGGUUGCUGAUGUUCAGUGGUCACCAUUUGCAGCGCGUGACUGUUGGGUGGUCAGUACCUCCAACCAGAAAGCGUUGGUGUGGAACUUGGCCAUGAAAACCUGGCAGAACUCUAUCGAGCAUGUGCUGCAUGCGCACUCGCGCGCAAUCACCGACAUCAACUUCUCGGCCUCGCAUCCCGACGUUCUGGCAACUUGUGCCGUGGACAGCUUCAUCCACUGCUGGGAUUUACGUACUCCUUCGCGACCUGCGAUCUCAUUCUCGGAUUGGUUCACUGGUGCGACCCAGGUGAAGUGGAAUCGGCAAGAUCCCCAUGUCGUCGCCAGCUCUCAUGACCGAUUCCUGCGAAUCUGGGAUGAUCGCAUGGGUGCAUACCCCAUCAAGUCCAUUGAAGCGCACAACACCAAGAUCUACGGCGUCGACUGGAAUCGUGUCCGGCGAGGCGCCUUGGUGACUUGUUCCCUGGACAAAACCAUCAAGUUUUGGGAUUACACCUCUGAGAGCGACAAGCCUGAAAAGCUGAUCCGUACACCCUUCCCCAUUUGGCGAGCGAGAAACACGCCUUUUGGAUGGGGUGUUUUGGCCAUGCCGCAGCGAGGCAACAGCGAUCUCCAUCUCUACAGCCGGCGAGCCGGCGAGGGAUCUAAACCUGAUGAAGAUCUGCCUCUGGUUCAUAGCUUCCCUGGACACAAAGGACAAGUCAAGGAAUUUCUCUGGAGACCGCGCGGGGGCGUGACGGACGGCAUUGAUCACCGGGAGUUCCAGCUUGUAACCUGGGGAACAGAUCGAGAGCUCCGUCUGCACAGAGUGGACCCGGAAAUUCUCCGAAGAGUUGGCUAUGAAAAAGGUGAAUCAUUUAUUUCCACGCGCAAUGUGACUCGCCUAGGUGCGGUAUACCGAAGUUUCCGCGACGUGAACUCCGAUUUGGAUUUCGAGGAAGUCGAGUCCUCAUCCUCCACCGGCCCGCACUACUUCCACCCUCAUUCUUCUACGGGAACAGGGAUGAAUGCCCUAUCUGUUCCGCAUGCUAACGCGUGGACUCGCGGAGGCCAUGUUGAUAGUCGAGUUGGCAUGCAACCUCGAUCAAAUUUGAGAGCUGACACCAAUCCGAUUGCAUGGAUGCGUGGUGUGAAGAUAUCGGGCUGGGAUAUCGAGACUUUGGGUGACGAAAUCAGCCACGUGGGUGAGAAAUUUACCAAGGUGGUAUUUGAGUCAGUAGAUGUUCGACAGAGAAAGAUAUCGAUCGCCCUGAAUGGGCCUUGGGGUGCUGAUGGUGCUUCUUUGUUCCUGAAGGUGGACAUCAAGUUCCCAGUCAGCUAUCCCAAGAGUGCCAUCCCAGCAUUCACAUGCCAGAAGACAGCGGCGGUUACGGAUGAACUGGCCAGAAAUAUCACUGCUGAGCUGCGAACAAUUGCGGAGACUCACUUGUCCCGCAAGCGAGGAUGCCUCGAAGGAGUUGUCCGUUAUCUUCUGGGCGAGACUACCCUUGAAGAGACUGUUGCGUGGAUUCUUGGCGAAACCGCCGACAAUGUGAAAUCCCUUCUGAAUGGAGACUUGAUGGGUGACUCCAGCGACGAAGACGAAGUAGGCAUGACGCAGAGCCAGGAGCUAGGAAUGAGUUCUGAGCUGCUUCGGCCAGUCAAUGCCAACGUCAUGGUGCCCGUGGCCAAAAAGUGUGGAGCGCUGUGGGCGAACGACGGCCGUCUGGUGUGCUUUUUCCCGCCCAAGAAGGACAAGUCGGCGGCUCUGUUUGAAAACCUGGGCUUCAAGGAGAUGAGCAGACUAUCCAGAAACGAUAAAGUAUUUGAAGGGUUUGGUCGUCUGCAGACCAGCUCCCCCGGCCCACGCAUACCCGGCACAAUCACCAGUACGGAUGAUGGUGCCUCGGACUAUUCCGACGACUCAUACUCCGAGACUUCCAGUUCGUCUGGCUCGUCCGAUAUUCUUUCUGGGCUGCCGACUCGCUUUCCAGCCCCACAGACCUGGCGGAGUGCCGGCAGCAUGGGAAUUCACCGGCCGCGGUCUACAGAUAACUCCCAACGAUCCACUGGAGGUGCAGCGACCGCCAAGUCAUCCGAGACGCCGCAGAAUGUUGUCUCCAUCCACGACCUCAGCGAUUUGCUGCCGGUGAAGCGAGAGUUGGCUAGCAAAUACCGCAUUUGCGGCAAAGGGACUGAUGUCUGUGCUCACAAUGCUGCUGUAGCCCUGGACGCUGGCUGCCACGAAUUGGCCCAAAUCUGGAGCCUUAUCAAGUUGAUUUUGCAUGUCCAAAGAAACCCUGGCACUCUUGGCCCGGGUCUGGGAGCAAGGCACCAGCAAAGAAAGGGCAUUGGGUUCGACCUGCCCCACGGCUUAGGGAAAGACGGACUCUAUAAAGACCUCGCUGGCAGUGUCAUUCAGUGGGGUGACCACCCGCUGGGCAGUCAUUGGCUUGUACCCGCCCUCUUUGAGCAUUUUGAGCGCAUUGGUGAUGUGCAGAUGGUGGCUAUGUUGUCGUGUGUGCUUCUUGAGGCCAACUCUGAAGGACGUUCAGAGCGCCCGCAAGAGAAACUGCGUUCCGAGCAGCGGGAUUUCUCUCUGGAUUUCUCAUCUGUUGCAUCGACAGUACAGAACAAAUCCCAAACUACAACACCCAUAUCGUCUGGACCUAAGGACUCUCAAGUCAUGCCUGUGAUCCAGAGCUCGGCACGGUCAUCCGGCGAACUCCAGCGCGUCGACUCCACGCCCCCUUUCUCGACAGGCACAACCCCUCCUGUUAUGUCUCGUCCACGGGGUUUCACCGCUGACCGAAAAUCACUGAGCCACAACGUCUCUAUGGCCGCGUCUCCUGAUCAGCAGUCCCAGCCGCGGAGUGGAUCCGGAUUUGGGUCGGUACUGGCAUCCUCUUUGUCUCGCUCGUUCACCUUCGGACCGUCAUCCGCAUCCCCACCCGCGCAUACCCUGAACAAGAAGAAACCAAGUCCAAUGGAAAGCCCAAGUACAGCAACGGCACCAGGGGUAUGGCCUACCAACAAAACCUCUCCUAAACCUAUCUCAGCGAUUCCUAGUUAUCUAACCAAAUCAUCAAUUCUCAUAUCACAGACUCACUCCGACACCGAAAGUGACCGGCCGCCUCAGCGUGCCAAGGUACCCGCGAGGUUCAAGGUCACGUUCAAAAACCAAAGCGCAUUCGACGCGGACUCGUCCACGCAGGAUUCCUUCCUUGAUCGGAACAAAGAAUGGCUAUACCGGUCGUACCGCCGCGCAUACGCCAACUUGUUAUCGAUCUGGGACCUACCCGUGCAGGGAAGCGAGGUCCUCAGGAUUGGCGCAGUGACAGACCGCGUAGACGAUCUGCACGCCAGUCAUUACUGGAACAGUCACAGUUCCACAAUGACCUCGUUCAAGGAUCCCGCACCGGACCGCAAUCUCCAAGGCCUCGACUUCCAGCGCCACUGCGCCAGCUGCGGCCAUGCUCUGCAGCUGUCUAUCUUCACCUUAUCGCCUCUGGCGGCUGACUCCCCCUCGAAGCGCACCCGCCAAAAGACCCCAUUCCGUCGCUGCCCGAACUGCAAGCCCCGCCACCCGCUGCCAGCCAAGCUCCCCUGCGUCAUCUGCGGGGAGGUUGUGGACGGUAUGCUGGUUCCUUGUCUCAGCUGCGGCCAUGUAAGCUGCUUCGACUGCCACCGCCAGUGGUUCCUACACGCGGGCGACCAACCCGACCGCCCCUUGGAUCCAUCCGAUGGCCCCCAUCACCACCAUCAAUACCCUCAAACGCCUCCGUCCUGCCCUACUGGAUGCGGCUGCAACUGCGCCGAGCACGUCGCAGCCGACGUCCCCAUGCCCACAUGGGAACAACCACACUCCCCCGGCAACGAGCCUGAGAAUUCAGCCAACCCCCAUCGCAGCCACACACACGACAAGCGGCAUCGCAGCCGGCAAUCAGAUCCCGUCGCGGCUGAUCCCGCCGGCCCAACCACGUCCACUGCCAAGGUCGGCGUUGGCCAACAUGAGGAUGACCUGGAUCUGUGGCAGGAAUCGUCGCCCUUUGCCUCUCUUGCGCGUGGCAUGGGCGGUGGGUUAAGUCGGGGCUUGCGUCCGAAGGAGGAGCGGCGCAAGAACAAAUCUGUUGCUAUUGCUACGAUUCUUGAUUCUUGA